AAGGGAUCGUGGGGUGGCAGAAAUGCAACGCUAGACGCGUUAGCCAGCGAAAACAAUCACUACGGAAGGGGGCAAACCUGGAUUGCUCGAGGCGCACUGACGGGAACGUUACCACUGCAAAACUUCCGGAGCCCAAUAAAUGAGCGGCCGAAAUAGGGAGUGGAACCGAGAAAUUCGCAGUUUUUGGAAGAGCCGUCUUAAUAGCCUCCAACAACCCCCCGGAGUGCCCGAGUCCCACAUCUCGGGAGGGACGAUUUCGGUUUGCCGCUGGUGACUUCUCUCUCUGCGUCGGUCGUUGUCGAUCACCCUGUGCGCCUUGUUUGUGAGAAGAAGAUCCCUAAAUUUCCCGUCGCUGAUCGACGACCAAGUCCCCGUCUUGCCAAGCGCUGAUCAGCAACCGGUCCGGCCCCGACGCCAUGUGGUCCAUUGUCCGCUCCCUAUCGCUCGCCUCGCUGAUAUCGUCCGCUUGCACGGUCACGGCGCAACUGAGCUUCGUGGCGAGCGUCAAGCAGCACGGCAAGGACGUCGACGCGUCCGGCCUGAGCUUCGUCCGGAUCCCGCCCCUGGAACACCGCUGGCAUGCGUCUCGACCCCGUCGAGGACAGAACAACAGGACGGUCGAGAGGGAUGCCGUCAGCUACAGCGCCAAUUGGUGCGGUGCGUCGCAGCACGCGUCCGACUCGGACGGCAUCAAGAGCGUGCUCGGCUACUUCACCGCCCCGGACCUGACGCUGCGACCAGGCACGCCGGCGCCGCAGUUCGCCGCUGCAUGGGUUGGGAUUGAUGGGGCCGCGUGCAACACGACCCUACUGCAGGCGGGCGUGACGACCAUUGUCAACUCGGACGGGGGCCAGAGCGCUUCGGCAUGGUGGGAGUGGUACCCAGAAGCUUCCUACACCAUCAGCGGCCUCAAGGUCAAGGCGGGCGAGUGGAUGUCGGUCAAUAUCACGACCAAGGAUGCUUCAAGCGCCAUUCUAGUCAUCGAGAACGCGGAUACUGGCACGUCGGUCACCCUGGAGCUAAACAACGGGCCGCAGCUGUGCCGCCGGGAUGCCGAGUGGAUCUUGGAGGAUUUCUACGAAUCGGGCAAGCAGGUUGCGUUGGCCAACUUUGCGGAUCUGUGGUUCGUCGACUCCGGAGCGACAACGGUCGGCGGAAAGAACGUGGGCUUCGACGGGGCGACCAUGGUGCACCUGCGGGACGAAAACGGCAACGUGCUGUGCUCGCCAGAGCCCUACGACAACUCCAACUUUGUAGUCGUCUCAAAACCCUAGACGAGGGCGUGUAGGAGGUAACUUUGCUUGUUCUUCACCUUGAUGCUUUAGUAGAAUUCGAGACUUGAGAGCAACGUCAAACGGCGUGCAUUCGGAGAAAUGCGACUUCCACAUUUCAGAUUCCAACGUUUUCGAGAAUUGUGGGUCAUGCUUC